AUGGAUACACUAGAACUAGUACUACGUUGUGCUGCUGCUUGCCGUCUUAUUCUUCCUCGGCGUUUUGAUGAAUUUCCUGCAUUUGUUUGUGAGCCUGAUGAGGCAGCAGGAGGAUUACCUUAUAGACAAGGAGCAGCAGCAUUAGAUAAGAAAGUAUUACAUUAUAUAUUAGCAGCAAGAGCUAAACCUAUGCAUAUGCAGCAGCAAGUUCAGCAACAAGUACAGCACCAAGUGCAGCAGCAGCAGCAGCAGCAGCAACAAGUGCAGCAGCAGCAGCAGCAGCACUUUAUUGCAGAGUGUAAUACCACAAGGAGGAUUUGUAAUAGUCUUAAUAGUAAUUGUAAUAAUAACAGCAGCAGCAGCAGCAGCAGCAGCAGCAGCAGCAGCAGCAGCAACUGCAACAGCAACAGCAGCAGCAACAGCAGCAGCAACAGUAAUAGUAAUAGAAGUAGUUUUGGGGAAACAAGACAUCAGCAGCAAGAACUGCAGCAAGUGCAGCACGAACUGCAGCAAGUGCAGCAGCAACAGGAACUGCAGCAGCAGCUACUGCUGCAGCAGCAGCAGCAGCAGGAGAAACACAGCAGCAAAACAAAAAUUAAAUUAAACUCCAAGACAAUACAACAUAUAAAAGAUACACAUAGAGAGACACGGCAGCAAUUCUUAUCAAUAACAGAAGGAAGGGACGCAUGCAGCCCAUCAGCAGGAGGAGGAGGAGGAGGAGCAGCAGCAGCAGCAACUCCUCUUGUUGUGUCUCCUGCCUUAACCUUUGAUAGCAGCAGCGAGUAUUGGUUUGCUGCUGUGUCUCCUCCUCUUGUGUCUCCUGAGGCCCUGUCUCCUGUUGCUGCAGCAGAUAGCCAGUUUGCUGCUGAUGAAUUUAUUUGUUUACCUGAUCGUCUUGCUCCUCCUCCUCCUGCUGCUGCUGCUGAUCACCAGCAGCAGCAGCAGCAGCAGCAGGGUGGGUUGCUGCUGCAGAGAAAUUUUGGUGCUGCUAGUGUACAGGGUUUUAGCAGCAACAGCAGCAGCUGCCUUUAUGCUGCAGCAGAUAAACAGCAGCAACAGCAGCAGCAGCAACAGCAACUGCAGCAGCAGCACCAACAAUGUUCUCCUUUACUAUAUCCUAGACAGCAGCAAAUGCUGCAGUAUGCGCAGCAGCAACAGCAGCAGCUGCAGUAUACGCAACAGCAGCAACAGCAGCAGCAGCAGCAGCUAUUGAACCUUGAGCAGCUAUUGCAGCCACAGGCGCAGCAGCAGCAGCGGCAUCUCCGACGUAGGCGACAGCAGCAACAGCAGCAACUGCAGCAGCAGCAGCAGCAAUCGAUUGAAGACAGCAGCAGCAAAUUAGAUCCUUCGCUAGGGUUAGAUGGAUUAUUUAUGUUACCUGCACCUGCUACUUCUGCUGCUGCUGCUGCUGCAGCAACAGCAGCAGCAGCAGCAGCAGCAGGACAACAGGGACCAUCAACAGGAUUACUCGAAUCAACAGAAGAAGAAUCAACAGGACCAAUAGCAGCAGCUGCUGCUGCAGCAACAGCAGCAGCAGCCGCAGCAGCAGCAGCAGCAGGACAAUCUAGAGGUAAGAGACCCCUUAUAUAUGAUAAAGGAGAAAGGAGACAGAUGAGGAGGGAGACAGUGUCUCCUUUGCCUCCUCCUCCUCCUCUAUCUACAAUAUGUAAGAAUAAACAACCUGCUGCUGCUGCUGCUGCUGCUGCUCCUGCUGCUGGUGAUAGUGAUGGUGGUGGUACAAUGCAGCAGCAGCAGCAGCAGCGCUUCGCAGUGGCCUCAGGCAGUCACGUCAGUCACUGCAACAGCAGCAGCAGCAGCAGCAACAGCAGCAGCAGCAGCAGCAGCAUCAAUGGCUGCUGGGGUAUGCCUAUGCGCAUGCUAAGAGAUUGGUAUUGUUUAGCAGAGAUGGAGGAGACACAAGAUAUAAUAGAGGGAGAAGCAGCAGCAGCAGCAGCAGCAGCAGUUGCUGCUGCUACUGGUGAUGAUGGAUGUACUCAUGGUAGCAACACAUGGUUCGCUAGCAGCAACUAUAGACGCUGCAGCAGCUGCAGCUGCAGCAGCAGCAGCAGCAGCAGCAGCAGCAGCGUCGUGCUGCCAUUUCGUGUUACACCUGAAGAGGUAGAAGCAGCAAAUGCUCUCGCUAGAGAGCCGCUAUAA